CUUUACCAUUGUACAAGGCACAGGAUCGAUUAACAACAAACGGAAACUGAUGCAUCAUAGAUACUAUUAUAAAUUACAUGUAAUUUAUAGUAUCUAUGGAUGCAUAAGAUGAUUUUCAGAGCCAAGCUAACAAGUUGUCGCUCCUUUAUACUCCUAGUCACCAUUGGACUAGUGUUUCUAACAGUCAACUUCCUCCUAAUAUGGAACCAGCAACAGGGGCCCCCUCAAAACAUCUGUGUGUGUGAGCCAUCCUUCAAUGUGCCUGGCCUUGGGGACAAUGAGAGAGGCAAACCACCCACUGAAGAAGUGAUACAGCCAAAGGAUGAGGAAGAUCUGAUACCCAAUGAGCCUCACCUCACCACUGACACUACUCAAGACCAUUCUGAAGUGUACACUCAUCAGUUGGCGGUAGUCGUACCGUUUAGAGAUCGCUAUGAAGAGAUGAUGGAGUUCGUACCUCACAUACAUAAGUUCCUGAAGAGACAGAAGGUCCAGCAUAAAAUCUUAAUCAUCAACCAAGCCGAUCGACACAGGUUUAAUCGUGCCUCUCUUCUGAAUAUUGGUUUCCUCCUGAGUCGUGACGAGUGUGACUACAUGGUGAUGCAUGAUGUGGACCUCCUCCCUCUUAAUGAUGACCUCCAUUAUAGCUACCCUGACAGAGGACCACUCCACAUCUCCUCACCUGAGCUCCACCCACUAUAUCACUAUCCAACUUUUGUAGGAGGGAUCCUCAUCAUGUCUAGAACACAGUUCGAACAGGUGAACGGCCUCUCUAAUCUGUUCUGGGGGUGGGGGAGAGAAGAUGAUGAGUUGUAUGUCAGAAUGAAAGAGAAAAAAAUGGAGGUGCAGUACCCUCAAGGCAUCAAAACUGGUACCGGCACAUUCAGACACUUACACGACAGAGAAAAGAGACCCAGGGACCAAAAGAAAUACUUCAACCAGAAAGAGGUAUCACGGAAGAGAGAUCGGAAGACAGGGCUCAACACGGUGGCGUACUCUGUCGUUAGCGAUGUUGCCAUGACAAUAGAGGGUGCUCCAAUACGCUUUGUGAACGUGGACUUAGUGUGUGAUUAUGAUCUAACUCCAUUCUGUGAUAAUCCCACCAGCUAGUUUAGUUUAUCAUCACAUUUUCAUCCAACUUGCUAUAUAUACAUGAGAAGAAUUUUGGCAUUCAUUUAUGACUGUGAUAUUAAUUUUAAUGUUGUGGUUUCAAUCAGAGACUUAAGUCAUUAUC